UUUUAAUAUAACAUUAUUAUUAAUUAAUUAAUUAUUUUUUUAUAACAAUAUUCGCGCGGAUGACGUCAAGGAACCAACUAUUAAACUAGUUCAUAAAAUCACUCAAGGAACUAGCUUUCGACGCAGCAGAACAAGUCUGACAUUUGGAAGUCCAUAAAAUAUAACAUUUUAUUCAAUUACAUAACGUAUUUACAUACGAAACUUUGACGAAGGAAGUUGUGGUGCACCACAACUUAGCAGGCUUAUCUUAGCAGCCUUAACUUAGCCCUUGAGGUAUUGGGAAAAGCAUUGCUUCCGAAUUCUAACCUCAAACUCCACGCGGAAGAUUUUUCGAGCAAGAACACACAAGCCUCUACUGGUAUUGGUAAGUGCGACCAACAAAUUGGCCGGCACCACGAGGCUUUGUGCAUAAAGAACUGCAUCCAGCGACGGUUCAAUUGAAUGGCAUCGAUUUAAGCGAGACGUGUAAUACAGGAAACGAAAUGAGUGAACAAGCUGCCGGUAGUAAUGUGGAAAAAGCUGAUCUCGAAGGAAAUAGAAAGAGAAAAGCUGAUGGGCAGUAUACCUCUGGCACUGUCAUUGCGGAGGAACUCAAAAUGAGAACGUCUCGUACAUCUAUUCUCGACGUAAACGAGGAUUGCUACAGAUUCAUGAUGGAUUAUCUCAACGUACGAGACCAGCUAAGCCUCGCUUCCUCCCACCUGUACAUUGGAGAGAUGUUCCGGAGAUACGCAAGCCAUCGGUACAAAAAUAUUAACGAAUCGCUCACGAGUAGGACUAGCGACGAAAAUCUUAAACAACUGUUGCAGAUCGUUGGUGAGGAUUUGGUUAGCUAUGAGUCCGAAUCCAAUCGCAGUUCGACGGGCGAUCAGCAUCUGUGGCUCCUGCGGAGCCUGCGGAGCCACUGUACGAAACUUAAACAUUUGAAAAUGACCUUUGGACGGACCAGGGGCGGAUGGGACGAUCUAUACAGCCUGAAACAGCUCAAAUCUUUGCACGCUGAACUCCACAUGGCGGAUAGGUGGUGUUCGGAUUUUGUAUACAAUCUCAAGCAAUUCCCGUGUCUGCGAAAACUGACGUUGAGUGCCGUAUCAUAUAGCGGAAGAGACUUGCAUGUUCUUGAUCAACUGGAAUAUCUAGAUGUGGAUUACUGUGAUGGACUCGAUGGCAAGAGCUUGGCGGAUUGCUGCCAAACGAUGAAGCAAUUGCGGCAUCUUGAUUUUGGAUGUCUUCGAAACUUCAGUAAGAGUACCUUUGAAUCUCUGUUGACGAACUGCCAGCAGCUGGAAUGUCUGGUCUUUGAUGUAGGACACCUCGACUCAACGGUGCCCUAUGAGAUGCUCUGCCAUUUGCCCCGGCUGCGUUAUUUGAACGUAUGGACAUGUUAUUUACGCGACUCUUUUAUCGAGGGAUUGAUGAACAAACAGGGCUCUCCUCUGGAAAGUCUUUUCCUGGAAGGUUGCGCGUUGUCCGCGGAUCAGAUUAAGCAUCUGUGCAAUAUUUCUACACUCACGGAACUCCGCGUAAGCUGCGACACCGUCCCUUUGGAGGACUUACUGAAGCUAAAGAGCCUCCUAAACCUUCACAUAUCCAUGCCAAUUACGACUGGCCAAAUUGUGGAUCUCCUCCAGGGUCUUCCUCGCCUAAAAUUUCUCAACAUACUAGAUCGCGAUGACGUAGACAAAGUGAACUUAGGGAGAAGUGUUCAUACCUGGAUGAACGAACAGAGGGAGCAGCGCAGGAAGAUCAAAGUCUGCUUCUCUAAUACAUAUACAGACGAUAUCCUUUGGUUGGAAUAAAGUGGUUGAUAUCAA